ACGACAUCGACGUCAGCGUCAGUUUCGUCCUCAUCGACAUCACGGACAGUUCCCUCAGCUGAGCCGUGCGCACGCCGUCGUUCGCCAGCCAGCCCCCUGACACCACACCUUGCCGAUUGUCAAUACCCAACGCGCGAUGGCAGCCAGAUGCGAUGGAGAUGAUGGGUCGCGGACGAGUUGCACUGAGCGUCUGCUAGGUUUGAGAUCUAUCUCUCUCUGCGCCUCGCUCGCAAGUGCAGUCUUGAACUCCUUCUGCGCUUUGCGUAUACUCCUGUCCUGGCGGUCUCUUCGCUGGGAUUUCAGUGGUGUAGAUGACACCGACUCGUUUCCUGUCAAUGUCGACGCUCUUCAUCUGCUUUGGGGUUUGUUCACCCUCUAUUUCGCCGCCGCCGCAACUGCAAGCACCAUUGGUUUUGUUGGGAUCGCAAGGAAUUCUAUCAGCUAUGUUCGCUUCUUCCGCGACUACUCCGUUGCCGACCUCCUUUUCAUGAUAUUUUCCUCCUUGACCAUCUCCUACCUCUCCUUCUCCUCCGCCUCGUCUCUCAUUCGAACAUCGGUUUGCGAAGAACUCGGCCGCCAGCCCGACUUGCUCAGGGACAUAGCAGAGUCCGGGCUAGACUUGGAGAAUUGCGAAUACUGGUUCGAGCGCGGCAUAGUGGUCGUGAUCGCCAUGCUGUUUGUGCUGGUUAUCGUACGAGUGCACUUUGUUCUGGCCCUGUCGAAGUAUUAUGGUCAGCUCCGCCGUGUGCAGGCCGGCUUCCCAUCGUGGUAUCUGCCACUCUCUUCAUCUGCGCGCGACCUCGAGAUGGCAACGCAGCUGCAGCACAUAUAUCUCCUGCCCACGACCACUUCUCCCGAAUACACCUCGUUGGAUGCCAAGGAGAAGGUCAAGGCCUCCGACUUGGACUACGAAGACCGAGGGUCUGAAGAUGAAACUGAGGAUGAUGGCGUUAUGCUGUACACGCCUGUACCGCUCGGGCGUGUAUCAAGAGAGGAAGCAAAAGGCAUGGGCGUGCGAGAGGCAUGGAUGGAGGCACCUUCGACGUCCACGACACCGACGCACUCGAAGAAGCACCGCAGGCAUCAUUCGUACUCGCAGGCUCGGCCGAGCUCGAAGGCAAAGACGCACAGACAUCACCGAUCGGUUGAUGCGACACAGGGGAUGGGCGGGCGGUCGAGCUCGCGCUUAUAGGAGCAUCCCAGCCCUGUUUCACGACCUUUCAACCGACCAUGCCCUAUUGGCUCUGUCGUUGCCCUCGUUCUCACUCCUUCCGAUUUAGUCGCCUGCAUUGUUUCGCGCUGUCUCGGCUACUUCAGCUACCUUAUACGCUCGUCUCACCACGCCUCAUCGCAUCGUCCUUCUACCGGGGCGCAACAGGUCGUUUGUUGUUGAUACCACGUUUCACCCGUCACCCUAUCUUGUGCGCAGCUGCCUUCGGAGGAGUGAUCAGUGCUCAACGUGCGCUUUCGCAGUCACCCUCAUUUGUCCACUCAUGUAUGCGCAGUUGGACUGUAACCCACUUCUCAGAGGCUUCAUGUAUCAUAGUCUCGACUCUGUACUACUUGUAACCAUGCGGGCUGGCUUAGGUC